AUGAGAGGUGUUGCAGUUUUUGUCGCCCUUUUGGCGUGCUCGUUUCUCGAGCUAACGACGAGUAGAGAGGUUGGCCAUUACAAAGGAGGAUCUAUAACGUGGAAAGCAGACGAUGAUUACCCAAAUCAUGUUGAAAUAUUCUACCGGAUGAACUUCAGGCAUAGAUACUCGAAUGGUUACCUGCACGAGGCAUGUACCACUCGAGCCAUCGAUGACCGAACGGAACUGAGUACAGAGGGUGCAUUCCGUGUCGAUGGUGAGAGAAUCAGCUGGGCCAAGUACAUCUGCACUGACUACGAUGAAGCUAUGGACUGGUCUGCAGGAUACUACAUCAUGCCUUACGUAUUACCACCGGGAGUAACACGUGUGGAUAUCAAUUUUGAGGAAUGUUGCUGGCCGACUAACGUAGCGAACAACGGCAACGAUCAGGGUAACGGCAGGGGCUGGAACAUGGUUUCCACCAUAGAUAUUACACCGCGCCCAGAUACCGGACGACCAAACAGCCCUCCAGUAUCAGGAAGUUUCCCCGUCUACAGGCUAUACAGAGGAUGUAAAUACACCAGAUACAUCAGAGCUUGGGAUGCCGAUGGUGAUGACAUUCGUUGCCGAUGGACCGACCCAGCUAGGAAUGAAUGCAACGCCGAUGAUGGAGACAUUUGUGGGGAGCCUUUUGUUGAUUCAGGGAGACGAAAGAGCGGUGCUUUACUUGAGGACUCUUGCAAAAUCACCUUCAACAAGCGCAACCCAGCCGGUACAUACGCCGUGGCAGUCAUGGUAGAGGACUACGCUCCAUCUGAUCCUACCACACCGUUGAGCAAGAUCCCCGUCCAGUUUCUCAUUGAAGUAGUCGACCGUGAUGGCAAAUGCCGUAAGCCGGAACUUCUUGGCGAGGAUGGGACGUGUAUCACCAUCCCAACCGGUAGAGAGUAUUCUAUGCCCAUCAAGGCUCGCAGCUCGGAACCAGAAGCAUUCAUUACCUCUUUCGAAACCAUCAAGCCCUCUGGCGUCCAUGCCAGUCCAGUCGGCAGAGUGUAUGGAACUUAUGAUGAAUUUUCAGUGACUCUUUCCUGGACACCAACCAGCGACCAGAUCGGCCGUCACGUGAUCUGUUACGAAGCCGAAGAGAACUAUAAAUACUCCAGUGACAUGGCUUGCGUGUAUGUCAAUGUUGUUGAUCCAGCUACCCUUGCUCCUCAGAUGACUGUUCUCCCGUCUGAAUCAGCACCGUCCCCAGGGGCAACUCUUCGUGGAGACACCAUUCAAAUUACAUACAACAAACAGAUCCGAAAGGCUACUCGACCAUCUUACGUCUCCAUCUUGGACGCCAGUAACACCCCCAUCUUCCGAAUCGAGACUACUUCCGAACGAGUGUCCAUCAUUGGAGCUACCCUUACUUUCUCCCUGCCCUACGAUGUUCCAUUGCAACGAGGGGGUGUUUAUAAAAUCCGCGUAGAUGAAGGAGCAGUGAGAAGCGGUAUGGAGUGUGAAGCAGCGCCCUCUGCGGCAGAAUGGGAUUUCACUUUUGAGUCUUUCUGUGACGGAGACUACAGACCUUUGGCUGUGGUUCUAGAGGAUUCGGUACCAGCUAUCGGAGCGGAGUUGAAGGGGAAUGUCGUUAGCGUUACGUACAACAAAAAGAUCUUAAAGCCAGCAGAGAGUAGAUUUGUCACCAUCUUCAACAGCGCUAACUCCCCCGUCUUUAGAGUCGACACGUCCACACCUGACGUCACCAUCGACAGCAGAACACUGAGUUUCGAACUUCCAUUGACUCUUCCACUAGAGUUUCAGGGUACAUACAGGAUCAGAGUGGAUGAAGGUGCCGCUGUGAGUGUCAGAGACUGUGACCUAGGGUUAGCUCCAAUGAUUGAGUGGGAUUUCGUGUUUGUGACGUUCUGUACCGAGGAUGAGGAGUAUGAACCACUGACCGUCCUGCCGACAGAAUCACUCCCUUCACCCGGGGAGGACUUAGCUGGACAGACCAUCAUGAUCCGAUACAACAAACAGAUCCAAAAACCAGCUGACACGGCCUACAUCACACUUUAUGACGAGUUCGAUAUCCCCUUUCUCCAAGUCGACGCGUCCACUUCAGAAGUUUCGGUUAACGGAAACACGCUGAGCUUCUCUCUUUCUACGAGUCUUCCAUUUCAAUUUGGGGGUGGUUAUAAGAUCCGUGUAGACGAAGGAGCCGUGAUGAGUGCCCAAGACUGUGACUUAAUAGCGCCCCCUAUGACCGAGUGGGAGUUUGGUUUUAUCACUUUCUGUGACUUUGAUGGGGAGUACGAGCCCCUUGAUGUUCUGCCAAUGGAGUCAACUCCUGCGCCUGGAGAAAGUCUCAGUGGACGAGUUGUGACAAUCAGUUACAAUAAAGAGAUCAAGAAGCCAUUGAGACCAGCUUACAUCUCUCUCCGUGAUACCUUCGACUCUCUACUCUACCAAGUUGACGUCACCUCACCGUACGUCACCAUCGUUGGUGGUAGCUCACUCAGCUUCACCUUACCGUUGACUCUACCUCUUCAGUUUGAAGACACCUAUAAGAUCCGUGUAGACGAGUGGGCAGUGGUCAGCGCUCAGGACUGCGACCUGUCCAGACCUGAAACGGCUGAAUGGCGAUUCACCUUCCUAACAUUCUGCCAAGAUGGCGGCGAUGGUUUCGAACCGCUCGUCGUCGUGCCGUUGGACUCACUGCCCCAACCCGGUGGAAACAUCUCUGGGGAUGUAAUCAGAAUUCAGUACAAUAAACCGAUCCAGAAGGUUACGUCACUUGCCCACGUCACGAUACUGAACUCCGACGAAGUAGCUAUGUACAGGGUGGAUACUUCGUCGGAUGCCGUCACAGUCAACGGCAGUUCGCUGUCGUUUUCCAUCCCGGUGGCGGCAGCAAUCCUUUACGGUAGGGACUACAGAAUUCAAGUUGAUGUUGGUGCGGUAAAAAGCGCACAAAACUGCGAUGUCAGGAUCCCAACUGGUGCAGAUUGGCGGUUUAGGCGUACAGGUCGUCUGCUGCCAGCAAAUAUAAAUGAGAUGACAAAAUUUCAACCAACGGCAAACGCGGAUUGCAGGGAGAAUUUCAUGCAGACCUUCGUGUCGAAACGUCUGGUGGGUGACAUUGACCCCAAAGCAAUGUACCUCAACGACCGUAACUGUACUGGGCGCGACUUCAACAGGACACACUACGUCAUCGGGACGUCAUAUGACGCUUGCAAGACGACAACGAGGGCUUCAGAAAAAGGAAACUUUCUGGCGUUUGAGAACGUGGUGUACAUUCCACCCAAGCCUUACACACCAGGCAGCGAGAUCACACGAAAUCACUUCAUUGAAAUCCACCUGACCUGUCACGUGGAUGCUUCAAAGGUCGGCUACUUGUCCUUUGACCCCAACGUCACCACCAUCGUCUACUACGAGCAAGGCUAUGGUAACUUCAAUUUCUCCCUAAGGAUGUACGAAGACGAGAGCUACUCAAGGGCUUACAACUCGAAGGAGUUCCCCGUUGGAGUUCAGUUGAAACAACGCAUGCACUUCGAGGGGCGUGCCACCUGUGACGGCAACUGUGACCUCAUGAUUGACAGCUGCUGGGCCACACCCACCACCAAUCCAUUUGACGCUACCAGGUUCGAGUUUAUUACCAAUGGAUGUCCAAUUGAUGACACAGUUCGACUCUUGACUCCACCUUCAAGGAAAACGGAGCGAUUCGUCAUCGACUCAUUUGCCUUCUUAGGAGAUAACAUCCAUGGAUUGGUGUACGUGCACUGUGACAUGAGAAUAUGUGACGUCAGCGACCCCAACUCCAAGUGCACUGUGGGAUGCAGCCCAAGAAACCACUCCCCUCAGUCUGUAGCUAGUCCUGACGUCGGUCACCCUUACAUCCAUAGACCAAUCAGAGGCAGAGGCGACGUUCCAGAAACAAGAUGGAGACGUGACGUCAGCCAAGCUGGAUCCUCUUCAGGUGCUUACCCAAGCACCGGAGGCCAGCUUAGAUUUACAAAUGACCAAGGUAACGAGGCUAGAAGCCUAAUGUCAGCCAAUGCAGACGCCAUACAAAUCGUCAUGUUAGGAGCCAUCAUACUUCUGUUGCUUAUUCUGGUCGUCAUGCAAUGUAGGCGGGUAGGAUCGACGGCUGGAGGAAAGGGAGCUAUUGCUGAUGUUUAGUAACAAGCUGAAAAUGUAUUGUUUGAAUUGACGUAUAUUUUUAUACUGGGAAGGACAUAGAAAAAGAAGUACUGUCGUCGUUAUUUGACAAAAACUUGAUUUUUAGAACCGUUUACAGAUCAUACCCUUUGAAUUUUGUCCCACUGUGCAAUAGGUAAGAAUAUGAAAAAUAUGCUUACAUUUUUAGAUAUCUAAAAAUCAUAAAUCAAUUGGGUUACGAUAUUUAUUGUUUUAAAUAACGUGUUCAUGUAUUUCAAAUUCGUUUCCAUCUAUUCAGACGUAUUUUUGAUAAUUUGCUAAAUGUUUGAGGUAUACCAAUGAUUCAGGUAUCGGUAUUGAUGUAUAAUAGUUUAGGUACCAGCGGUUGAAGGUACACAUGAUUCUGUACAAUAGGGCUCAGUGGUUGAUGUCCAACAAGUGCACGUUACAGAGGUACUUGGCACAAUUUCAUAAAACUGUUAUUCAACCCGAAAAUACUGUUUGGCAAAGUUGCAACAAUGUAAACUUUAUGGAAUUUUGACUUCUAACCGGUUUCUGCUAGUUAAGCAUGAUUUGUAGGUGCUUAGCAAGUGUGUAUGCUUACGACAGGAUUUAUAAAAUUGGGCCCAGGUUUAUGUAUCUAUGAUUGAGGCAGAAUAAUUCAGAUACUGCCGCUUUAGAAGCCUGCACGAUGGUCUAAAUACAAAUCGUUCGGUACUAAUUUUACAGGUACCAAUGGUAUCAACGGCUCUUGUACUAAAAGUGCAGGUGCCAUUUGUGCAGGUGUUUGAGAUAAAAUUGUUCAGAUACAGCUGAUUCAAAACCUGCCCGAUGGUUUAGAUACAAAUAGUUCGAUAGUUAUUUUCCAGGUUCCAAUGGUUCAGGUAUUAACAACUUGUGUACUAAAAGUACAGAUACCGAUGUCUCAGGAUCUUUUAUUGAUGAAGGUAUCAUUGGAGUUCAGAUACCGCUGGUUUAGUACCUGUCCGAUCUUAACGUACAAAUGGUUAGGUACUGAUAGUACAAGUACCAAUUGUUCAGGUACCAACGGUUAGGUACUAAAGUACUGAUACCAAUGGCUUAGGCACCGACUUUCAUGAACAAUUGUUAUGUACAAAAUUGUACUUUGUAUGAUUUGACGGUUAAAAUUGCUUGAUUUGAAUAAUUUUGUUCUUUUGAUGCUAUUUAUUUCCUUUGUCAAAACGAAAAGGUGCUGCAUAUUUAUUCAAAGUAAAAUAUGAAUUCAGUAUUUGUUUUUGAAGAUAUGUGUAUAAAAUUCGUCAGUGUAAGUAUUUUUAAUAGUUCAUAUUCAAUUAGUUUUAAAUAGUUCUGUUAGUGGUGGAUGUUAUACGUGGUAUUAUUAUUUUUCAUAAUUACUAC